GGAAGGAAACCAUUCCCAAUUCGCACGCCUCUCCAGAUCACCUCCGCUCCCUCGUCGCGCGCGCGCGCGGGCGGGCGGCGGCGCCCGGCCGUUGACCCGAUGACCGGCGGCGGCAGCGGAGGGAUCGAUGCCGAAUCCCCGCCACGGCGGCGCCCCCUGACGGUGCUCCCCCUAAUCGCGCUCAUCUUCUACGACGUCUCGGGCGGCCCGUUCGGCAUCGAGGACUCGGUCCGGGCCGGCGGCGGCGCGCUGCUGCCCCUCCUCGGCUUCCUCAUCCUCCCGGUCCUCUGGUCCCUGCCCGAGGCGCUCAUCACCGCGGAGCUCGCCUCCGCGUUCCCCACCAACGCCGGCUACGUGGCGUGGGUCUCCGCCGCGUUCGGCCCCACGGCGGCCUUCCUCGUCGGCUUCACCAAGUGGGCGUCCGGCACCCUCGACAACGCGCUCUACCCGGUGCUCUUCCUCGACUACCUCCGCUCCGGCGGCCUCGCGCUGCCCGGCCCGCUCCGCUCGCUCGCCGUGCUCGCGCUCACCGCCGCGCUCACCUACCUCAACUACCGCGGCCUCCACCUCGUCGGCCUCUCCGCGCUCUUCCUCACCGCCUUCUCCCUCUCCCCGUUCGUCGCGCUCACCGCGCUCGCCAUCCCCAAGAUCCGCCCUUCCCGCUGGCUCGCGGUCAAUCCGAAAGCCAUUGACACGCGCGGCUACUUCAACUCCAUGUUCUGGAACCUCAACUACUGGGACAAGGCCAGCACGCUCGCCGGCGAGGUCGACGAGCCCAGGAAGACGUUCCCCAAGGCGGUCUUCGGCGCCGUGGGGCUCGUCGUCGGCGCCUACCUCAUCCCGCUCCUGGCCGGCACCGGCGCGCUGCCGGCGGAGACCGCGGCGGAGUGGACGGACGGCUUCUUCUCCGAGGUCGGGCAGCGGAUCGGCGGGCCCUGGCUGCGCGUCUGGAUCCAGGCCGCCGCCGCCAUGUCCAACAUGGGGCUCUUCGAGGCCGAGAUGAGCAGCGACUCCUUCCAGCUCCUCGGCAUGGCCGAGAUGGGCAUGAUCCCCGCCAUCUUCGCCCGCAGGUCGCGGCACGGGACUCCGACGUACAGCAUCCUGUGCUCGGCGGCGGGGGUGGUGGUGCUCUCCUUCAUGAGCUUCCAGGAGAUCAUCGAGUUCCUCAACUUCCUGUACGGCCUCGGCAUGCUGGCCGUGUUCGCGGCCUUCGUGAAGCUGCGGUUCAAGGACCCGGACCUGCCCCGCCCCUACCGGAUCCCGCUCGGCUCCAAGGGGGCCGCCGCCAUGUGCGUCCCGCCCGUGGCGCUCAUCGCCACCGUCAUGUGCCUGGCCACGGCCAGGACCUUCGUCGUCAGCGGCGCCGUGGCCGCCGCGGGCGUCGCCAUGUACUUCGGCCUCGAGCACCUCAAGACCACCGGCUGGGUCGAGUUCCUGACGCCCGUGCCGUCCGACAGCUUCCACGGAUCGUCGUCGUCGGCUGACGACGACAACGACGUUGAGGACGUCCGCGCCGUCCUUCUCCCUGCUGACAACGUUCCCGCCGCCGAGGAGGAGGUGCCCACCGGUAAGGCCGAGUAGCACUCGCGCGCGCGCGCGGAGUGGCCGUCGCGAUUUGUAUCUGCACAUACUUACGUACACUUGUUGUAGUACAGUAGUUUCAGUAAAUUUAUUUUGGCAUACACAG